GCAAAAAUUCCCCCGCGUAAGCCAUGGGGCGUUUGACUAAUGCGCGCCCCGGAGCCACUUUCCGUCUCCGUUCGGUAUUCCUCUCUUCAAAGUCGAUGAACCAGCACAACGACAGCGACUGGAGUUCUAGGACGAGUUCAAACCAACCCCAUUUUGAAUUUUCUGCAAAUUGCUUUCCACACCCUCUCCUGCCUGUUUCUGCAAUCCUCUCUGCCUCCUUCCAGUCCCAAAUGAAUCUCCAUAGCUUCAUCUGCGGAGCUUGUUGUCGCCGCUUGGUCCUUGUCGUCGUCCUCGCCAGCCUAGUCUAUCAGGCUGUAGCGGAUGAUGCGAAGUAUGAGGCCUGCGCCCCUCAGAGCUGCGGAUAUGUCCGGAACAUCAGCUACCCUUUUUGGAUUUCGGGUGAGCAGGAAUCCUAUUGUGGCCAUCCGGAUUUUGAGAUCACCUGUUUAGGGAUAUACCCUGUCAUGAAUUUUUUGGACUGUGAGUUCUUCUACAUCAAGGAAAUCUUCUAUGCAAACCAUUCAAUCCGCCUCGUUGAUGCCCUUGUGUACGAUGACACCUGUGGUGCUCCGUCGCGUAAUAGCAGCUUCCAAGGAACGCCUUUCAAUCUCAGUUCCACUAAUGCUGAUUUCUUCUUCUACUAUAAUUGCACCUUGCAAAAUUUACAUAUCCAGUGA